AGCGAAAAGGAGCUUUACUUGUGGCUCCAAUACACUCGAUGAUGGCUGCAGUGUCGGUGAUGACUGCGACACAGUCAGCUGCAAAAUGAAGUUUGUCGACGAACCAAUAACAUACAAGUUGAAGGUAUUUGUGUUCAUAGACUUUUAAAGUUUCUUCAUCAGUUUUGUUUCUCAUUGAAAGAAAAAAAAUAUUGUGAGUGAUCUGAAAGACCUAUAAAUUAACCCCAAAAUGAUUGAAAUAAAACCUGAGUGCCUAAUCUAUCUAGUUUCCCAUUGUCACCGAAUUAAAUCUGAUAUUUUAUCCUGCCCGCAAGGUCAAUAGUUGUGAUGACCCAGUCAGUGUAACAACUUCAAUAGAUGUACCUGAUCUACGUAUCUCUUGGUCUCAUACUUACACCAGUGACGAUACCGUAGAAGUCCCAGGAUUCACCGCGUCGGUACCCGGUUCUUUAUUGUCUGCCGGUGUGUACCUUCAAGUCUCUCUCACUCCGGACGGCGAAAGACUACGUUUAACGGUCAGCGUUUUUCUAACCUCGUAUAAGACAUGUUAUGAGAAAACGCAAUCGCAAGGGAGGAAAUGCUCACGUGAGCUGAUUUUACUACGUGAAAUCUGUUAGUUUAGAGCUUCCGGGAAAUGCAUGAGACAGAGAACAAAAUGGAAAUAAUAUGAAAAGGACCUCUUCGAGGAAAAAGCCUAGCUAUAUAUCCCGAGAAGUCUACUGAUCUCGUGCACAGUAUUUGCGCUGUGUGUCCACAACAUGCGGCUACCCAACGUAACUCUCUUCUUGACGUCGUUCUCGCGGAUCUCUUUAUCCGAGAGACACUGGGAGCGAUAUAAAGCAGAGAGCUAAGUGUACUUUUUAAUCUUUCAACAGGUAAAACUGUUGGCUGGAGGAAAGAUCUUCGGUAAAGAAGUUUAUCCUAUUAAAGCGACAGUGUUGGAGGGGGGUCUACCGAUUAAGACAGACGAUUGUGGUAAGUCCUUAACUCUGAAUCUCAACACUCAUCCGAUUACACUUUCUAGACCACGCUCAUAGUUUCAAAUUUUAUACUUUCUUCUCUGUUGCAAAAAUCAGUGUGAAAAUUUCUUUAUUGUAUCCAUUUUGAAAUCACUGGAAACCCUUGUGGUCUGAUUCGUUCUCAGCAGUGCGAUUUUGUUCUGAAAUCACAUUGGUGAUUCAAAUCGUGUGGGAUUUCAGACCAAAGUGCAGUCCACUUAGUUUAUUUAUUAUUGUUUGUAUUUUGAUCGAGGUGUCUUCGGUUGGUGGCACGAGCUGAGUGACGUCACUAAGGCGUUAGUGAUCGGUGGCUGGGUAAUAAUCAUCAUCUUGAUGGUCUCAAGCUGUUGUUGUUGCUGUUGCUGUAAUUGCUGUAACUGUCGUUCAUCCGGUCAAAAUACCGUUGUGGUGCGACCUGCCCCUGCGGUGGCACCUGCUGUCAUGGCAACAACUUCAAUGACCACCAACGUUACUAUUCCAAUGCAACCAAUGGUGCACAGAUUUUGAGUCGAUUAUUCAACGUGUUUAAAUGUUUGUUUUAUCAAAGUAAUGGCCAGACGGCUGGCACAGCGAUUUGACUAGUGUCUACAUUAGAUGAAUAACAGAUUCUGCCGCUUUUAGCACAAAAGAUAACAACUUAAAUAAGCAGAAGCACCUGAACGUCUCGUCGCAAUUUAGUUUUCUGCUGUCCGAGUCGAGGUAGUCUAGUACCCAGUCUUCACCUGCACGUGAUUAUUAACCGCAACUGCUGAGUUAGAAAAACCCUAUGUUCUUUUGAAACCUGAAAAGGGAUUUAAGCCAGCAAAGUAACAUACUUUUUUUGUUUUUAUGAAAAUUUCUCGUCUAUUGUUUCCGUUUCUGGGUUAGUCACCAGUCUUUCACUUCAAGCUCAAUGUUCACUUCUCAAGGUGCGAGAGCAUUUUUUCAGAAUUGGGGUACCUCGUCAAUUAUACUAAAUUCAUCGAUGGCAGAAAAUAUGGCUGUCACACACGUUGUUACACAAACUUGAUCUGUGAUUACCUGAGUAGCCCACAUCAUUCUGUUAAAUAUUCCUAUAUAUAGGUUGCCAUUUUCAACGGUCCGCAUCGCUCGAUUCAUUCGUUCAGUCAAAGAAGAUUAUGUUGAUCACAAUUUAUAGCAGAUAUUAUUGAGUUUUUAUUGAGUUUUACAAAAGGAGCAACUGCCAAAGCAACCUCGUUCCUGGGGUCCUCUCUCGGAGGAAAGGAGAGAACCCUGGGAACGCAGUUGUUGCCAUAACACGAACAAUCCCCAGAGAUUGGAACCUCGCUUCUAGGAACAACGUCCAAACUAAAGCCCGGCGCACACUAGAGCUAUCAGCUG